CAAUGUGCGUCACAUUUGUUUUGAUGCCGCGCCGCUUGCACGGUUGCAUGCUUUGCUAGUUUCGUCGCUUUCGUUGUUUUUGUCUUGCAUUGUGCUACGACUGUGGCAGUUAUCUGUACCUGUGGGCAACGCGAACCGAUCGUUGUCCGUUUACCUGACUGCAGCUGCCGUAGAUACCUACAAACAUGGGAGAAGUCGCGCAGAGCAGCAGUGCAACGUCACUGCAAGAAUCGAGUACGUCCAAAAGCGAGAAAAGAAAAGUACGCAGGCGAAAGAAGAAACUUUUCAAGAGCAUUCGAGACCAGAUGGAGUUCUACUUCAGUGAUGCCAACCUUCGCAAGGACCGUUAUAUGAACGAGCUAGUAAUGAAAGACGAGGAAGGAUACGUGGAUCUCGAGGUGUUCUUGACCUUCCACAAGAUCCGGUCCCUAACUUCAGACGUCAAAGACAUCGCAGGUGCCAUAGCUGCAUCGGAGUUGCUCCAGAUGGACGAGGAGCACAUGCGGGUGCGACGGUGUGCUGAUCUCGCAGCCAAGACUGAUGUGGAUGAAUGCACUUUGUAUGUUGAGCGGUUACCGCUGCACGCUGAUCAUGCAUGGCUGAAAGGAGUCUUCAGUCGAUAUGGGCGGGUGGUCUACGUGAGCCUUCCCCGGUACCGCCACAACAACCGCAUCAAGGGGUUUGCUUUCAUCGAGUUCGCUGCACCUGAAGAUGUUGACAGAGCCUGCCAGCACUUUGGCUAUCAAGACGGGAGCAGCAAACAUUCCAAUGUGGCCGCAGGCCCCACUGCAGUCACUGAUGAAGUGUUGGAAGACAAAGGAGAGAAGUCUGAAGAUGAAGAUGCUCCACCUGUGAAAAGAAGAAGAGAGGGGAGCAGCGAGACAACUGGACACGUGGCAUUCUCCGUGGACAUCAAAGCAGAUGAGGAUAAGGAGGACGUUGCAACCACUACUGACGCCGAGAACUCGGACACUGGCACAGCAAAAGGGGAGUUUGAAGUGCCAGGAGGCACUGGAAUGGAACGCUCAAUGUUGGUGCAAGCUAAAAAGAAGAAAUUACGCAAGCGCAAGAAGAAGACACAAUACUCGGAGUCCAAAGAGCAGCAACCCUCAUUGUUAGUAAUGCCAAAAUGCGAAUGGAAGCGCCUGAGGAACAAGUACCUGGCCCUACAGAAAGCCACAAUGGCACAAAUCAAGCGCUCUCUGCUGCUACCGCCAUCGGGGUGCACCCCCGCUCCAUCCCCAAGCUACACACUUUCCUCCCCAGUACAAGCAUCAGCUGACUCCGACAUGAUUCUCACAUCUCAGGAAGAUGAGGCUUGGGAGAUGUCCUCGGACAGCAAAGGGAAUAUGGAGCUACCAAACAAUAUGGACACAGCGCAAGCCCCGCCAACACUGCAGUUUCAGCCUGGAGUUAUUGUCAAGCUGGUCACUGAAAAGCCAGUCUCCAACACUGCCGAGUUCAAGAACAAGAUCCGGCAGCUGGCCAAUGUGGCAUACGUGGAUGUUAUGGAGGGGGACAGUGUUGCGUACGUGCGUUGUGCUGAUCCUGAUGGAGCCUACCAAUUCAUUGAGAACCAGAAGGAGUCUUUCUGUGGUGCCCUCUCCCUGCUUGCUGGGGAUGAGGAGAAGUCUUACUGGGAAAAGAUAAACCUGGACCGGGAGACACGCCGCAACCAGAAGACCAGGCAGAAGAAACGAGGUGUUGAGAAGGUCAUGGCAAAGGCCCAAAAGAUGAUGGAGAAGAAAAAUCUACACAUCCGUUUUGAUGACCUCUGAAGCCAAGACUUCAAAAUCAAAUAUGUGUGCAACAUCCAGAUCAGCACAAGGAAAUAGUUGAUAAACCUUACGUUGAAUUCCAAAAAUUAAAAUGUGGAUGAAAGUAAAA